AUGUCUACUCAAAUCCGCAAGAACUCGGAGACACUGAACAAAGAGUUGAACACACUUAUUGCCAAAUACGUGGAGCAAAAUCCAGGCUCAGAGAAAGCAUAUGAUAGGGCACGACAAAGCCUUCCAAACGGCAGCACUCGUUCAGUUCUAGCAUCGCAUCCUUUCCCCCUAUCCGUCAAGUCUGCACAGGGAUCAUGCCUCACUUCCGUUGACGAUAAAGUGUAUGUGGACUACGUGUCUGACUUUACUGCCGGUCUUUUCGGUCACUCAAACCCCAUCCUUCAACAAGCCAUCUCCCAAGCCGCAACCAAUGGGUUCAGUCUAGGAGCUGUGACUGGACUAGAAGCUGAACUUGCGGAGUCUCUGAAAGCCCGCUUCUCCAGCAUUGACCUGGUCCGGUUCUGCAACUCAGGCACUGAAGCAAACACAUAUGCACUUGGAGCUGCCCUGGCACAUACAGGCCGCAAAAAGGUUCUCGUUUUCGAUCGCGGAUAUCACGGCGGAACGCUUAACUUUGACAGCGAGCCAAACCCACUCAACAUACCGCAUGAGUAUGUCAUCGGAGCCUACGACGAUAUUGAAAGAACUCGAACCGUCCUGGACUUUGAAAUUGGUGCCAUCCUGGUAGAGCCAAUGCAGUGUUCUGGAGGCAUGCGUCCGGCGAGCGAAGAGUUCCUGCGCUUCCUCCGCGAGGUAGCCAAUACCCUUGGCGCAGUGCUUAUUUUUGACGAGGUGGUCACAUCUCGCUUGGACUACCACGGCGUGCAGGGUAAAUUCUCGAUCCGUCCCGAUAUGACUACCCUUGGGAAGUAUAUUGGAGGCGGCAUGCCAUUUGGAGCUUUCGGUGGCAGGAAGGAAAUCAUGGGGCAAUUCGAUCCUCAAUCAGGCACUAGCAAGCAGCUCUCUCACUCUGGCACUUUCAAUAACAACAUAUUCAGCAUGAGUGCAGCGGUCGCGGCUUCAAAGAUCGUGACCAAAGAAGCUAUUGACAAUAUUAACAUGCUUGGCGAGAAAGCUCGGUUGGGCAUAAAUGCCAUCCUCCAGGGAGAGGGCAAAGACGACAAAGUUCUGGCUGUGGGCUGUGGGAGCUGUGUUGGACUCCACUUUGCAGGACCUGAUGCUGAUGUUCUUCGUGAACUAUGCUACUUUCACAACAUCCUCCAGGGGUUGUGGAUUGGCCGUCGUGGCUUCUUAGCUUUCAAUUUUGCGCAUACUGAGGUGGAUGUUGACAAACUCCUCGCCUCUUUCACAUCAUACGUUGACCUCUAUGUUUGA